AUGUCUCAACCUCCCACAUCCGUUCCUACGCCUACUCCAUCUUCACCUCCCCCACCGUCCGAGUCGUUCCUCUCCGACCUAGAUGGCACUGCACCUUCCAUACUCGAUACGUCAUUCGGUGAACCAUCCUAUGAUAUAGGUAAAGUAGAUGGAGGAGCUUUGAAUCUUGUCAGUUGGAAGUUAGAUGUCAAUGCCAGGAGCGAAGAUGGAGUUGAGAAGAGGGGAUUCAAUGCGAUCUCAACGGUUCUCAACCACCCAACCAAGAAAGCCAACCCUCUACGGUCAACUCGUAAACCUUUACCACCCUUACCAUUCACCCCUCCAAUCCUGCAGAAACCUCCUCCCCCUUCACACUACGAUCCAUACCUGCAAUCUAUCACACCUCUAUACGACGCUUUCAUCGCUUCUCAAUCAUCCGCAUCAUCAUCAGAUCCAGAUAGGAUCAAAUCACCUCCAUUGGGUGAUCUACCUUCUUUGGACGGUAUACCGUCAAUGUUCUUUGAUCCACAAUUCAACCUUUCAAAUCCUUCAACAUGGUCUGACCUAAUAUUAUCUUCCUCGACCUCCUCUUCUUCUUCAAAUAUCAACUUAAGCUUGGGAGAUAGCUUACCGGACAAUGUCAACGAGGGAUUACAGGAUACCUUAUCGACAUACUUGGACAUCCUAGAACGUCAUCUGAUACUCGAGAUAUCUAGAAAAUCAAAUUCGUUCUUCUCUGCUUUAACCAAUUUACAAGAUCUAAAUUCCGAAUCCAACUCGUGUCUUGAAAAUAUCAAACAGUUGCAGGAUUCUCUGAAGGAUAUAAAUGAGAAGCAGGCGCAGAAGGGUUUGAAGGUCAUUGAGAAACAGGACGAUUUACAUAAUUUGAAGAUCAUAGAUAAGAACCUAGGGUAUAUAAAUGAAUUGAAUGAGGAAGUGGGGGUGUUAAGGAGAUUGGUUGAUGAAGAGGAUUGGUCAGGAAGUUUAAGUUAUUUGGAAGAUAUUGUUAAAUGGUGGAAUAGAUUCAACCUACCCUCCUCCAAAUCUCGAGAUCAAGAAGAACAGAAAGAGAAGGAGAUACUACCUUUAUCAACUUUACCUGCCUUGUCGACCCUGCCAACAACGAUAAAUGACUUGACGAAUAGAAUAGCGACUCAGUUGGAAAACGCCCUGUCGGCUUAUCUUCUGUCGAUACUCUCCAAAGAGAAUGAAGAAGGAUUGGUCAAAUCGGUAUUUGGAACUACUGUCGAACCUAUAUUGACGGGACUGGUGAGAUGUGGCAAAGUGGAUCUGGUAGAUAACGUAUGGAGAGAUGCGGUGACUGUCAGUAUAAGAGAGGGGUCGAGGAAUCAUCUACCAGUAGGACAGCAGGAGGAAGAGGAUAGCGAUAAACCACCUGAAGCUAGAGGAGCGAGUCUGGCACAAUCGCUACAAGCGAUGGAUCACUCUUCCUUCCUCCUUCUCUCAACGCAGAUGUACGGAUCUUUGAUAUCUAGGAUAAAGCUUUCGCAGGAAGUUGGCGGAGAGAUCAAAAGGAUACUGGAAUCUAUCAUUUCAUUACCUAAAUUAUCAGUAUCGCAAUCCCCUUCAUCUUCUACGUCACCCGCUGAACCUAAUAUACCCGACUUGAAUGAUGCGAUAGUAUCAGGAUGUGAACUUGCCCAUACUCGUGCAUCCAAGAUCCUAGCUGUGAGAGCCGAACAACACGCUUCAUUGGGAUUGGAAGAGUUCGUGGAGAUCUUCAAGGAGAAUUGGAAGUUUAUACUUAAUACCGAGAAGAUCGCUGGGAAGAUGAUCGUUGGUUUGAGGGGUGUCACAGCUUCUCAGGCCCGAUCAUUCCUCGUUACAUACCAUUCCAUCCGACUUACCAAAUCCGCCAAGUUGGUUGAAGAAGAACAAUGGACCCAGAUCGAUGUGUUAGCCAAUGUCCAGCAUGUCGUCAAUCUCCUUAUUCAAUCGGCUGUGUCUGAUCCUCAGGAAUGUACCAUCCCUCCUCCAUCGCAGCCCGCAGAAAAUGGAGGAGCGAGUGAAGUAUCGACGAAGAAACAGAUCGAUAUUGAAGAUAAGAGUUAUUUCGUCGUUAAAGCUACCUCGGAAAGUUUGGUAUUGCUAGGGGAUUACUUGAAGAUCGUUAUCAAUCUGGAAUUGGUGGUUACCGAUGUCAUGUCUAGGAUCAUUGAAUUCUUAAAGUCUUUCAACUCCCGUACUUGUCAGGUUGUCUUAGGUGCUGGUGCGAUGAGAUCUGCGGGAUUGAAGAACAUCACAGCCAAACAUUUAGCACUCGCCUCUCAGUCGCUAUCCAUUAUAAUAUCCCUUAUACCUUACAUACGCGAAUUUGUCAGAAGACAUCUGAGUCCUAAACAGGCGGUCAUGCUGACCGAGUUUGAUAAGCUCAAAAGAGAUUAUCAAGAACAUCAAAAUGAAAUUCACGCUAAAUUGGUGGCUAUCAUGUCUGAUCGAUUGGCCGUACAUGUCGGAUCCUUACGAGAAAUCGAUUGGGAAGCUACACCCUCCAAAGAUGGUCCAAGACCUUACGCAGAAAUGUUAGUGAAAGAGACAGCGACGUUGCAUAAGGUGUUGUCGAAGUAUCUUGCUGCGACUACAGUAGAUGCCGUAAUGUCAGAAGUGAUAAGUGCCAUCGUACAUCGUCUAAGUGAAGAGUACGAUAAAAUCGAGUUCAAGAGUGAAGAAGCUAAGAAGAGGAUGUUACAAGACGUAGCGUUGAUUUCGAUCCGCCUAACACCAUUAUCUGAAUCAGGCAAAGAAGUUAGCAAGUUGGAGAAUCUGGUUAAGGAGAAACCCACCCCGCGGAAACCUAUUGGACAGGCUAUGAGUGGGUUCCUGAGAAGGAACGGAUCUCAGAAAGGUCCAUCGUCUGUUGGUGAGGGAGUGGAAGAUGAGAAAGAUCAGGAUGGAGCGGAUGAUGAAGUGGAUGAGGAUGGUGCAGGUCUGACUGGAUCUGCUGAAAAUAUAGAAAAGGAGAGCGAGACGAAAUCAGAUGAGGUGGAAGUCAAUGGGGGUGCAGACGUCGUUGGUGAAAAGAAGGAAAAUGCGAUUGUUGAGGGAACCGUUCCAGCGGAAGAAACGAUGGAACCCCCUGGCGAUCAACUCGAGUCUAAUGCACCGACAGAGGAUGUUUCGGAAGUACCGCCACUACCGGAAAAAGGAGAAGAGAACACAGAAGAAGCUCCAGCGAUACCUGCCAAAGAAACGCUUUCGCCUGAAUUGCCCGUGAAAGAUAACGAAGGAUCAGAAUUGCCCACACCCGCACCGACAUCCCCACCACCGCCACCUGGUAAAUGA